GUCUUGUUUCUGUUGCACCACACCCCCCACCUCCCAAAAAAAGAGACCACCCUCGCCCGUGCUAAAGGACGCAGUCUUGCAGUUACAAACACUUUGACUUUUCUCGGUAAGGAGAGGGACUACUCUACAGACUUUGGUAUAUUUGUGUGAAUAUUUGAGCAGGUUUUGUGGGUACCUGUCUAAAAAAAAAAAAAAAAAAAAAAAACUUCAGCAGGGGGAGCGCACAUCUCUGCCCCCGUGGUGCCUUCAUUCCUUCAUCCAACCAUUGCGCACAAGCCUGGGGUGACUGUCGGGCAGUCAUGCUGUAAAAGUGCUUCUACAACGAAACCAGCGGCGUGGGAAUGAAGCUGAAAGUCUGCGUGAGUGGGACCAUGCAGGGACAACAACACACUACUGUACUGAAGAGUCUAAGGCUGCUGCUCCUGUACCUCUCCAUCGCCAUCCUCAUCUCCGGAGCGCACGCAGGUGGGAAGAAGCACAGUGGCCCCUGUGGAGGAAGAGACUGCAGCGGAGGCUGUCAGUGUUUCCCAGAGAAGGGUGCCAGGGGUCACCCUGGGCGGAUCGGUCCACAGGGCCCCCAGGGGCCUCCAGGGAGACCAGGAGAUCAUGGAAUACAAGGGCCCAAGGGGCAGAAAGGUGACCGUGGUCGAAGUGGAAUUAUUGGCCCAAAAGGAAAUGUGGGAAUGACAGGUGUUCCUGGAUUUUCUGGAAAUGAUGGGAUUCCUGGCCACCCAGGACAGGCUGGGCCCAGGGGGAGGCCGGGUGCAGACGGGUGUAACGGGACACAGGGAGAAUCAGGGUUGUCAGGGCAACCAGGUUUCAGUGGCCCACCUGGUUUUUCUGGACAACCGGGUAGGAAGGGUGAGAAAGGAGACUCACUGGAGAUGAGUGUGUACAUGGAGCGUUUCAGGGGAGAUCCAGGACAACCAGGGUCCAAUGGAGUAUUUGGACCUCCUGGAAGACCAGGAUGGCCUGGUACCCCAGGUCUUUAUGGACCAAAGGGUCCCCCAGGGCCUCCAGGUCCCCGUGGACCAAAAGGCACGAUGACCAAAGUGCUUAAGGGAGUCAAAGGAGACGCUGGGGACACUGGACCACAAGGAUAUCCAGGAAACUCCACUCACCAACAAAUUCAACCAGAGGAUGCACCAUCGGGACCCCCUGGAGAGAAGGGUCUGAAAGGACUUAGAGGAGAUCCGGCUGACAACAAAGGAGAAACUGGUGUAAUGGGAUUUCCUGGACCACGGGGUUCAUCAGGGGCAGAUGGGAUUCCUGGACCAAGGGGUGAUAUCGGUGAAGCAGGUCCACCAGGUGGAGCUGGUCCGAAGGGAGAGAGAGGUGAAGCUGGAGAGCUGAUUUCAUCUGGAUCCUUGUGGCCUUGGCCUUCAUCAGUUGGUCCUCCUGGCCUUCCUGGAGAACAGGGUUCAAAAGGAGAGAGGGGCCCAGUAGGUGACCAAGGCCCCCCCGGACCUCCAGGACGUCCUUCCUAUGACUCACAACAGCAUGUAUUUGACUUCAUCGGUCCGUUUGGAUAUAAAGGGGACAAAGGUGAAAAGGGUCUCCAGGGGGAACCUGGACUGUCUGCCAUUAUUCCUGGACCUCCAGGCAUCGAUGGACGCCCAGGGUCCAUGGGUCCACCAGGGCCUAAAGGAACAUGGUCAGAGUAUUUCAAAGGAGCUCCAGGUGGGAGAGGACGGCCCGGCAAAGCAGGCAUCAAAGGGCCACAAGGUGACCACGGCACCUGUGACUGCACCACUGUAAACUCUCCACCGGGGCCCCCUGGACCUGCAGGGGAAUAUGGUGACGCUGGCAUGACUGGAGAAUUCGGUCAGGAGGGUAAUCCCGGAGACCCUGGACCCCAAGGACUUGAUGGAUCUCCAGGAACUCCUGGGUUAGAUGGUCUGCCAGGCCCAAAAGGCAAAAAAGGUGACACAACUGUGGCCACACAAAAAGGUUAUCCUGGUGAUCCUGGUAUUAGUGGAAGAGAUGGUGAAUCUGGAACAAUUGGAGCUCCAGGUCGAGAUGGUAUUCCAGGUUUUCCUGGCAGCCGAGGUCUUCCAGGGGAAGGUCCCUGGGGAGAACGCGGAGACAAAGGUUUCCCUGGUUGGCCUGGUCGACCAGGUGCACCUGGGCUCAGGGGACAACCAGGUGACGUCCUUGGGGGUGUCAAAGGCCAACGGGGUUUACCUGGUGACGAUGGCCAUGCUGGAUAUCCAGGAGUUGCAGGAACCCCCGGCCCCUCAGGCGGCUGUAUUCCAACAGCAGAUGGAGGACAGUGGGAUGUAACAGGUCCUUGUGAGGCUGUAAAAGGACCUCCUGGGGUGCCAGGUGUUCCAGGGCCCUUUGGAUUACCAGGUUUUCCAGGUCCUCUAGGCCUAAAAGGACCAGUGGGCCCAUAUGGAGUUUCAGGAGAGAAAGGAGAACAAGGAGAACAAGGCAUAGGUGGCCGUCCUGGACCUCCAGGUUUCCCUGGGCCUCGUGGAGACUUGGGGAUCCCUGGUACAAAAGGCAGAGUUGGAUUUCCUGGUUUGCCUGGAGAGCACGGCCGGUAUGGUUUACAGGGUGAAAAGGGUGUUCAUGGAGAAAUCCUGGGAGCAUCACAAGGACCCCCAGGAGAUGUAGGACUGCCUGGACUUCAGGGGGAUAAAGGUCAGGCAGGAACUCAGGGAGAGCCAGGUUAUCCAGGAAUGCCUGGUAUGCCUGGUAUGAUCGGUGUAAAGGGUCAAAGUGGCCCUCCUGGCUUACAGGGGGAGGAGGGGAGGCCUGGACCACCUGGCAAAUAUGGAUACCCUGGUGAUACUGGUGAAAGAGGUCGCCCUGGGCCAUAUGGUGCCAUUGGACAACCAGGUUUCACAGGAGAGAGGGGGAGUGAAGGUGACCCAGGUCCUCCAGGUCCAGUAGGCUUAAAAGGUAUCCCAGGUGACUAUGGUGAUGAAGGUCCUAUUGGAGAAGAUGGCUUACCAGGUGACCCAGGACUGGCAGGUCCAGAUGGACGUACAGGACCUCCAGGAAUGAAAGGAUACAAAGGUUCUCCAGGGAUGACAGGUUUUGAGGGGCCCAGAGGCACUACAGGUCUGAAGGGCUUCAGUGGACUAAAAGGAGAAACUGGAGACAUGGGUCAAACUGGCCAAAAAGGAUUAGUGGGUCAAACUGGGGAGAAAGGUGAUCGUGGUCUGACAGGACCACCUGGGGAUAAACCUAAGAUCCCUGCCCACAUUAUUGUUGACAUGAAGGGACUCAAAGGAGACACUGGAAAACAAGGAAAUCAAGGUUUCACCGGACCAAGAGGUAUUAAAGGUUUCCCUGGAGUCCCAGGACAUGAGGGGUCUCAUGGUCUUCCUGGAGACCCCAGUAGUGUCAAGGGACAUAUAGGAAGUCCUGGUGCAGAGGGGCUUCAAGGAAUAAAAGGAAUGCCAGGCGUCACUGGAAAUCGAGGAAUUGAUGGUUUUGUAGGAAUGACUGGAGCCAAGGGAACUAAAGGAAGUCCAGGUGCAUAUGGUGCAACUGGAGACAAAGGAAAGAGGGGAGGCAAAGGUGACACCGGUCCUCGCAUUGACCUUCCAGGAGUUCCCGGAUUGAGAGGAGAAACAGGUUUACCAGGAGACCCAGGACAGAGAGGAUUAAUUGGAAAUACUGGAGAUAGGGGCACCUCUGGUUUUGAUGGUAUUACAGGGAGACGAGGUACAACUGGUGAUGCAGGUCCUACAGGAACCCCAGGAUCAGACGGGCAAAAGGGAACUCCUGGUGUCCAAGGUCAAAAGGGUUUUUCAGGUCCUCCUGGGAAAGAUGGACAACCAGGCCUUCUUGGCUUUCCAGGAAACAAAGGUUUCCCUGGCCUGAGGGGUCUUUAUGGAUUAAAUGGACUGAAAGGACAAAAAGGUGUCCCUGGAACUCCAGGUUUGGAUGCCCCUGGACCAGCUGGAGAGCCAGGACCCAAAGGACCAAAAGGAGAGGGUGGUGACCCCAACAACCAGCCGGGUUUUCCAGGCUCAGUGGGUUUGAAAGGCUCCCAGGGGCCCUCAGGUGACCAGGGUCUGCCUGGACCUCCGGGAUUGCGAGGCCCUGUAGGACUAGAUGGCACCACUGAUAAACCAGGUUCCCAUGGAGACACUGGUUUUGUAGGGGCUAAAGGACAACCAGGUUUCCCUGGGCCCAGAGGUUUUCCUGGUAUUGAUUCUCUACCUGGGGAAAAGGGUGUAUCAGGAAUAAGUGGGUUUCCAGGAGUCCCCGGUAGGAAAGGAUUUAAGGGAGAUUCAGGUUCACAUGGAUACAGAGGACCCAAUGGUGUUUCUGGGAAGAAAGGAGUGAAAGGAGAGCAAGGACUGAUGGGAGUCCCUGGUUCAGCUGGUGUGAAGGGAGACAGAGGACCAGCUGGUCCAAAAGGAAACACUGGACCAACAGGUUCUCAAGGGUUCCCUGGAGAUCAAGGUCCAACUGGACAGCCUGACAGGCGUCCAGGAAUAAAAGGCUCAACAGGACCACAGGGCAUUCAAGGACCAAAGGGAGUCGCAGGAGAACCAGGACCACGAGGCCCCCCUGGGGACGCCGGUUUCGUGGGCCCCGUAGGGCAAAAGGGGAUGCCUGGUAUCAGUGGAAGACCAGGUACACCCGGUUUCCGUGGAGAUGGUGGCCAAGUGGGUCACCCUGGUCUGCAAGGCACAGAAGGCCACCGUGGCACCCCUGGUAUACCUGGGUUACCUGGCAUGCCUGGUCGUAGUGUCAGUGUAGGUUACUUACUGGUGAAACACAGCCAAUCAGAGCAGACGCCCAUGUGCCCCGUGGGGAUGUCGAAGCUGUGGGACGGUUACAGUCUGCUGUACCUUGAAGGCCAGGAAAAGGCCCACAACCAGGAUCUUGGUUUGGCUGGUUCCUGCCUCCCUCGGUUCAGCACCAUGCCCUUCCUUUACUGUAAUCCUGGUGAUAUAUGUUACUACGCCAGCAGAAAUGAUAAGUCCUACUGGUUGUCAACGACUGCUCCUCUUCCCAUGAUGCCUGUAGAGGAAGGAGAGAUCAAACCGUACAUCAGUCGUUGCUCCGUAUGUGAAGCUCCCUCAGUUGCCAUAGCAGUCCACAGCCAGGACAUCACCAUCCCACAGUGUCCGGUGGGAUGGCGCAGCCUGUGGAUUGGCUACUCCUUCCUCAUGCACACAGCAGCAGGAAAUGAGGGUGGAGGUCAGUCAUUGUCAUCGCCCGGCUCCUGCUUAGAGGACUUCCGUACGACACCGUUCAUUGAGUGUAACGGGGCUAAAGGCACAUGCCACUACUUUGCUAAUGAACACAGCUUCUGGCUAACAUCCAUAGAUCAGUCGUUCCAUACUGACCCGGCAUCAGAGACACUCAAAGCAGGCCAGCUCCUGUCACGCAUCAGCCGCUGCCAGGUCUGCAUGAAGAACUUGUGAAAAAGGCCACUGUAACUCUGACACAAAGUUAUUCUAUUGACAGUGGUCUGGUGUCGUCUCUCUAUGUAAUAAUAACAUGAAAAGGGGGACUUGACAUAAAACUUAAAUCAAUGUAAAUGACAUCCCUUUCCCUGAUCCGAGGAGCUCAGAUAUGCAAUGACUCUACGAUGCCUUCAAUUUUGGAAGAAAUGCCCCAGUGUAGAUAAGACAAGAGAAGCCCCAUAAUGAAAUCAAAGGCAUUAUGGGAAGACAAGUAUAUUUUGUGUUAAAUAUAGAUUGGUGCUUACUUUUUAACUUAUUACCUCAACAGUUAUAUACAUUGUUAACAGAAAUCGAACAGUACAGCUGAACCAAAGAUGCCCAUGUGUAUGCACUGCUUCAGGUAAUCUAGAUGUUUGUAUUGUUUAGGGUUUUUCAAGCCACUAACUUUAUCUCAGCCAACUGAACUGAUUUAAGGUGUUUAGUAACUGUUGGUUGACACUUUUGACAGUAUUACCCUGAUUUAUUUUUUUUUCCAUUGCUCUUACAAAAAUCUGUUUUUAUUUGAUUUAUGCAUUUAUCGAUUGCAAUAACUUUCUUAUUGUUUUUCAUACACCUUAUGUUCACACAAAUGCACUGAUUUUCUUGGUAUUUAUGUAUCAACUGAAUGAACUUGAUCUCUCUCCCCAUGUGUUUCUGAAUGCAUAUCCUAUUUACCCAUGACACACUUAUUUUCCCACACAGAUCCACUGAUUACUCAAUUAUUCUAGACUGCCAACAGCACAGAAUGUAAACAGCUUGGAUCAAAGGUCUGACUGUAAAAAAAUCAAUGCUUUGGUCAGUGAUCCUGAGAAUUUUUUUUUUUUUUCACGGCAGACAGAAAAUUGGGUCAAAUGGGCUAAUUCACCCAGACACAUUUGUUUAGCAACAGACAGAUUGAUUAUGCCAAAAUAUACUGACAGCAUUGUUUUAACUAAUGUCAUUAUGAUCAUUCCCAUAACACGACAAUUUUAUUGGAUUGUAAAAAUUAAAUGUUGUUUGUUAUACUUCUGA